CAUCAAUAAGUUCCAUCGUCGCAAAGGCACAGCCAAAUGAACCCAUCGUUCAGUCGGUUGAUUGACGAAUGAGAAACAAAAACUACAGAGCCGUACCAUCUGUGGAGCACGCUAAUAACAUCUGUUGUACACAAUGCCUCUGCCUGUGACGUCGCCUCCACCAAUGGAGGAUCAGGCGAGGUUCGACCAGAUCAUGAAGCAUGGUCACCAGGAUCUUGUCCAGGCUGUAGCUUUCAACAGCUACGGAGACAGGUGCACAACAGGCUCGGUGGACGGAAAAAUCCGCGUCUUCAACCGACAUCAAGACGGCAUCUGGAGGCAUUGUGACAACUGGACCGCUCAUGGUGGAGAAAUCUUGGAGUUACAGUGGCUCCCGCCAACUAUAUAUCCCAACCUCCUGGCCUCCCUUGGCAUCGAUGGUCGCUUCAAGCUCUGGGCCGAGGAUGCUGCUGCAGCCCCAGGGCGACGCUUCAGUCAUCGCCACAAGGAAAACGCCAGGGCUGCUUAUGAGCACCGGUCCAGAGGCGGCGGUGGCUCCUACCGCUCAUUUUCCAUCCGUCACAACGACGAGACGCGCCAUUCUCACUUGGCACUUUUGGCAUCCGAUGGCCAACUGGAAGUCUUUGAAAACGAGCUGCCAGAAAAUCUGACCGACUGGAAUCCCAUAGCCCGUUUUAAUGUCUGUUCCAGGCCCACACGCGGCGAGGAGGUCUCGUUUCGCGUCCGCUUCGAUCCAAACCCUGAUCCAUGUUAUACCGCACUGCGUGCUGGUGCUCCCACAGACUCCCUCGGGCUCGUGGUCGCGGCGAUGGAUACUGUGCACAUUUAUCGGUCCCGAGAAGCGAUUGGGAACCCUUCGGGUCCUGCGGGAGCCUCCGCGGUAAGGGAGUUUUACCUCGCUGCUGAGGUCCAGGGCCAUCGCGGGCUGGUUCGGGAUGUCGCGUGGGCGCCUGGCAACAUCCGGGGCUACGACAUCAUAGCAUCAGCCUGCCAGGAUGGCUUUGUGAGGGUUAUGCGUCUGGAAACACCAUUCGACCCGAAUGAUGGAAAGACUUGGUCUGAGCACGACUUGGUCAAAGGGGGCGCUGGCAGCAACGCUUACGAAUCAAAGUCGAACACGCAUUCUCGCACCGGAACUGCCUCUGAGAAUUCCCCUCAUGCAUCUGGGAAUCACCACCAAUUUCAGCAAAGCCACCCAGGCCAUACACCAAACGUCCCGCAGGCUAAAUCCAUGUUGGGCUCGGAGUUGGCCAUAUCCAGUGCCCACGACCAGCGGCCCAUGACUGGACUACCUGGCGAAGUCACACACCAGGUGCACGUGCUAUCGAAGCUUGACAGCCAUCGAACACCAGUCUGGCGCGUUGGAUUCGACGAUGAUGGUCAAAUUCUGGGCAGUGUCGGGGACGAAGGGCGACUUUUACUGUAUCGGCAGACACCAGAUGGAUCUUGGGCGAAGAGCUCUGAGCUUGCCAUGAUCAAGAUGAAGAUGGCCACGCCCUGAAAUGAAAAGUCGAAGUAAACUUGCAUCAAGACAGCGCAACUGGUAACGUUGACAACUUAACUGUCGUACUACGUCACACUAUACUCAAUUACAGUGGUAUGCAGCAAUUUGAUGCCGUCGCUCUUAUCAAACAUGACAAGGGCAAAGACUUGCAUGGACUCAAAGCAUCAUGGUUUCUCUGACAGGAUUUAUCAUGUUGUGCUACUAUGCUAUUCUCAACAUCAGAGUACACCAACAUAACUUUUGACGGUGCCAACACUCCUACCUCUUGAGAAACAAAAUCGGGCUUGCGGUUCAACAGCUCCUCGUCCUGCCCUAACUGGUACAGGCCAAGUUGGCUUGUUGUCAGGCUUACAAAGCAGCGACAACACCAAGGAAUCCAAUGGCGGCAACUGCGCCCGCCACAAAGUUUGUCUCCCGCGGUCCUGACCCGGAUUUGGUGACGGAGGCAGCCGAGCCAGUGGGGUUGCUAGAGCUGUCGCCGGCACUGGCCGUUGCGGCUGUGGCACUACCUGAUCCCGCAUCGGUCGCACGCCCAGUGGUAGUAGCUGCGCCAGAAGAGCCCUUGGUGGCAGUGGAAGAUGCACCGUUUGAGCUAUCUUUGCCAGUGCAGACGGGCAAGUCGCCGGCAUAGGAACUGAGCUUGGGACAUUGCGACAGCACCGAGUUAAUAGCGGCGCUGUUGCUCGAGUACCAGCUACGAAUAGUGCUUGUGUAUGCGUUGAACUUAUCCGAUACCGAGGCGGCAACAGUGAUUGAGCAUGCGUUGGUCUGGUAGGCACGGUUAGGAGAUGUCAGCAACGUCAUGUAACGCACCACGGCCUCAAUGGGGAAUAUGUCGGAGGCAUACCUCGGUAUUGGAGGCAAGAGCAGACAAUAUAUCGGCACCAGGUGUCGGCAAAGUCUUGGAAAUAGACAUCAGGCUCGCCAGACAAGGGUCAUUGAUACUUGGUAGCGAGGGGCUCGCAGUCUCGCGAGCUGCACCCUCACGUCUGACGACGGCAUGGCCCGGGAAGAGGUUGAGUUCGGCCGACAUGACGCCCGUCGCCGCGGCAAUCAUGAACAGGACUGUGUUGGAAUGCAUUGUCUCGUCGAUUGUAUGUUGGUCGAGUGAUGCUAUUGUUCGUUUUUUUUUCCCUGGCAAAUGAAUUGAGUGACCUUGGCCCCUUCGGAGAGGAACCUUCCCUUCGCUUCGGAACGGGUUGAACAAUGCCUCUUAUAUCUUCCCGGGCGAGGUCUCCUGAGACUACAGGCAAGCCAUUUCCCCAUCUGGAUCUAAAUGGCAAUGGAUUCAAAUCACGAUGGUGGCAAAACUAUGCCAUCUAGCGGUUUACUAGCUGAUUUUGAAUCACAAUUUUGCGAGGCUACUACAACAACGAUUUCGUUCCUUUCUUACCCGAGCAGGCCGAAAUCCUGGAUAGUGCCAGCCGCUACCAAGUUUCGACUCGUAAUCGAGGCCAUGGUAGUAAGGGCAGCCUAUUGAGAGGUGACGCGCCACCGGAUUACGAACACAGAUGUUGCCCCUUUCUACUAAGAAAAAAAGGGGGGGAACACACUUGGCUUUAGGCUAACGCUCUGGGGACGGCGCGUCUCUAGGAAUGUCACCAAUAAUAUUACCUCCAAAGCAAAUCCACUAAUAGCCUUAGACUAAAAUCGCCCAUUGUCACAUCAGAUGGACAUUUGAAGGAGCCGCAUUCACAAAUUAAGCUUUUUGUAUUAAAUGACGUAGAAAGCUUGUCAUCACUUCACCCACACCAAUGUCGUGCACUUAACCCAACACCUUAACCAGGGCCUCGCCUAGUGCCUUCGCACUAGCCGGGUUCUGACCGGUAAUGAGCUUGCCGUCGACCACGACCUUCUCUCCCCAUGGCUCGUCAGCCUUGACGAAGGAUGCGCCGCUGGCCUUGACUUUGUCCUCCAGCAGGAAAGGCAUGUAGUCGACGAGCUGCAUGAUCUCCUCCUCCUUGUUGGUGAAGCCGGUAACGGUCUUGCCCUUGACCAGGUACUCGCCGGUGGACAACUUCACGUCGGCCAGGACGAUCGGGGCGUGACAGACGGCGGCGACGG